CAACGCUGACGGACGUUCUGCUGCUCGCAACAGUUAAACGAAGAAGAACGCGUGUGCGCUUCGUGUUAAUUCAUCGGUGUCUGCUGUGGGAGGAAGUACGCGCUCGAGUGUCGCUAGGAUUCAAUUUCAAUACAAAGUGCCGCUGUUCCGCGUGUUAAUGGUGUCGGAAAACAUUUAACAGUCAGUGUUCUUGAAAAAGCAUGCAACAACAUAUUGCAGCUCGUACGUAAGAAGAUAUAGCACUCGUAAAAGAACAAAUAAAUACAGUGACAAUUCAGUGGAACAGCCGGUGAUAUCUGGUGAUAUCUGGUGAUAUCUGGUGAUAUCUGGUGAUAUCUGGUGAUAUCUCUUCAAACUUCAUCUUUGAUGUCUGCAGAGUGAAAACUAUCUUGCCUUGGAUCUCUCACAACUUUUAAGUCCCUCAAGACACAUCCGCUCUGCGCCUGCAGUUAUGCAAUGGAAAUGCCACGUACAGCCAAUUGGCCAAAGGCUGAGCAUCAAAUGGAUGUGCAUAAAUAUUUGAGUAUCACAGCGAAUCGAAAGUGAAGUCUAGAGAACGAGCCAAGCAAUAAAAGAAAGCAAAAGAAAGCUACAGUGGGAAGAGAAAAAUUACAACACAAAAAAAAAGGAAUAGACAAAUACAGACACAGACACAUAGACACACGGACACGGACAGGCAUAACAAAAUGAAAAUUAAAAUAUUUCCGCUGACAGCGGAAGCAGCAAUGCUGCGACGGCAGCAACAGAGGCAGCAGCAGCAGCAAUGUCGGAAAAUGAAAUUGCAGCGGAAGCAUAAAAUGCCGGAAAUAUCCGCAAGGCUAAUUGUUGCCGCCAUCGCCUCGGCCAUUUGCCUCCUCUCGCUCAUCCUCUCGGCCCAGGCCCAGGACCACGAUAUGAUGCACGACCAUGACCACGAUGACGAUGACGGGGAUAUGCACCACCACCUGGAUAUGAUGCAUCAUCAGCAGCAUCAGGACUUUAUCAUUGGCGAGUCCGAGGAGCGGGAUCACAUAGCACAUCACUUGGCGGAAAUGCAAAAUAAGGAUGAGCUACUUGAAGACAUACGCGAGGAUACGGUCGUCAAUGCGAUACCAGAGAAAGAUCUUCCAAAGUUUGGCGAACUCUUGCAGAAUGUCACAGUGCCCGUGAGUCGGGAGGCGGUCCUUCAGUGCGUUGUCGAUAAUUUGCAGACCUAUAAGAUUGCGUGGCUACGUGUCGAUACACAGACCAUUUUAACUAUACAAAAUCACGUCAUAACCAAAAACCAUCGAAUGAGCAUAACUCAUGCGGAGAAACGUGCCUGGAUAUUGCGUAUACGUGAUGUUAAGGAAUCCGACAAAGGAUGGUACAUGUGCCAAAUAAACACGGAUCCCAUGAAGAGUCAAGUCGGUUACCUGGAUGUUGUGGUGCCUCCCGAUAUACUGGACUACCCGACCAGCACCGAUAUGGUCAUACGUGAGGGUUCGAAUGUAACCCUUAAAUGUGCGGCCACUGGAUCGCCCACACCGACGAUAACCUGGCGACGGGAGGGCGGCGAGCUGAUACCACUACCCAACGGAGCAGAGGCUAUUGCAUACAAUGGCUCUUUUCUGACCAUUGCCAAAGUGAAUCGUUUGAAUAUGGGUGCCUAUCUCUGCAUUGCCUCCAAUGGCAUACCGCCAACAGUCAGCAAGCGUGUGAUGCUCAUUGUGCACUUUCCUCCGAUGAUUUGGAUACAAAAUCAAUUAGUUGGGGCCGCACUCCAGCAGAACAUCACACUGGAAUGCCAAUCGGAGGCAUAUCCCAAGUCGAUCAACUACUGGAUGAAGAAUGAUACGAUCAUAGUGCCAGGUGAACGCUUUGUCCCAGAAACCUUUGAAACGGGCUACAAAAUCACCAUGCGGCUGACCAUCUACGAGGUGGACAUCCAGGACUUUGGGGCGUAUCGAUGUGUGGCCAAGAACUCCCUGGGCGACACAGAUGGUGCGAUCAAACUGUAUCAUAUACCACAAACCACGACAAUGACUACAAUGGCGCCAACAGCUUCGAUCAACACUGUCCCCGUGGUUCUGGUCAAGUACAACAAAGAACAACGUUAUAGCAGCAACAGCAAUCAGAACACCAAUAACAAUCCCUACAACUACAAUCCCGGCACUAGCCAGCAAAACACAAAGCAGCAGAGGAACAGGCAGCCCAAGGGAUCAGUGGAUCAGUCGUCGUCUGGACUGAACAAUGUCUAUGUGGGGGCCACAUCGAGUUUGUGGAACUCGCAGGAUCAUCAGACAUCCUCGUCCAGGGAGACAGGGCGAAACAGGGAUCAGAACCAGCAGCACCAACAGCAGCAGCAACAGCAGUACCAUGCACCCGAUAAUGGUGGCAACUACAGGGCGGAGGGCAAGAGUCCUCAUCUUAUCAAACACGAUGCCAAGUCCCUAACAGAUGAUCUGGAUCGAAUGCAGGACCUCAAGAGUGCGACACCACCCCUACUGUUCCCUGUGGAAGCUCUAGCCCUGCCCAUAGUCCUAUUCCUGGCGCAUCUAUCUACGUGGCAUGGAUAAUUCAUCUGCAGAAGUACAAUUCGAGUAUUUCUGAAUAUUUGUACAAAAACAAAAAAGGAAAGUAUAGGAAAUCUGCAAAAGCCGAAACCAAAGUUAGUUUAACUAAGAAAAAAAAAAAAAAAAAAAAAACUAUAACG